AUGGAUCGCAAGGGGGCAGAACGUCCGGCAGGAGAAAGGGAAAAGCGCGUAGCGGAAAAGCACGUAGAGGAAGAACACCUAGAGGAAGAACACGUAGCGGAAAAACACGUAGCAGAAAAACACGUAGAGGAAGAACCCAUCAGGGAAGAACCCAUUAGGGAAGAACCCAUCGGGGAAGAGACCCCCGUCAAUAGUGACACCGCCGAUGGCGGCGACCGCGCAGGGCAGGCCCCCACCGGACGCCGGCGGCAAUGGAACGGAAGGAAAAACCGCACCAGGUCGCCAUCCGCCUGCCCAUCAGUGAACUCGUGCGACUCAGCCAAAAGCGACUACUCCUGUCGAUACCUCAACACGGACAGUUAUGGAAAAAACGUAAGCCUAUGCAUGAAGUGCCUCUUUACCUACUUCGAAUUCAACAGCGUGACGAAUGUUAUCUAUAUGAGACAUGGGGCCAGGACCCCGAAGAAAAAAAUACAAAACGUAUGGCCAUUCAAAGAAGGAAAGGGAGACCUUACAUUCUUGGGGUUCCAGCAGUCAAUAAGAAUUGGAAAAUACUUGAGGAAGUAUUACUAUAGUAUGAGGAAAUUGAAUUCGAUUUAUAAUGACUGGGGGGGGGUUUCGGGAGUGGAGAGUGGGUCCCACGAGUCGGAUGAGGAGACGAACAUGAGGGGGGGUACACCCACGAAGCAUACACUCAAGGGGCACACACUCACGAAGCACACACUGACGGAGCGUAUGGGUACACCCCAAAUGGGAAGAAAAAAAAAGAGUUUUAAGGAAAACCUGCGGAAGGAGAGGAGGCUAAAGGAAACAAUAAAAUUACGGAUGAGUAAAAAAUCCACCGCUGGUGAUCCCUGCAGAGUGUUGCAAAAGAGGGUGACGCACAAAAUGAGUUGGACUCCGUUCUGCCAGGACAGAACGGGAAAGGAACCCACCGCCAUGCAUGUCUGCACAAACCUGUGUGCAAAUUAUUGUGGGAAUAAAAAGAGGAAAAGGAGGAAAUGGAAAAAACAAAAUAAGAACGUUAUCAAUGUGGAUCAUUCCAUGAGGAACGAAGUGCCAAAUGAAGAUGCUGUACGUUGGAUCCACCCUCUCGUUGGAGGAGGCACACAAACUGGAUAUCUAAAUAAAGACGCGGUUGAUGGUGUGUGGAGGGGAAAGGACACACUCACUUCCUCCACGUGCGAAGCGAAUUGUUUGAAAAAACAUCUCGAAAAAAGGAUCGAUAUAGAGAAGCAAAAACGGAAGUACGAUAAAAUUGUGAAAAUUAUUAAUAAUUAUUUGUGUGUAAAAACGACCAGCAAGUAUGAUUUGUUGGACGGAGAUAUGAUUGGUGGAAGUGGGAUGAAGCACCUUCCAAAUAGUAACAGCAUCCUCGAAAGGAGGAAGAGCUCGCUCCCUGCACAGGUUAACUUUUUUUCGCAGCAAAAGGAUUCAUCCGUAGAUACACAUGUGACGCAAUGUGCUUCCUCCAUGGAGGGAUACACCGAUGAGGACAACACAGAAGAGUUGGAUAGAAGUGGAAAAAUGGGCGUAAAAAUGGGCGUAAAAAUGGGCAUAAAAAUGGGCGUAAAAAUGGGCAUAAAAAAGGACGUAAAAGAGGACGUAAAAGAGGACGUAAAAGAGGACCUAAAAGAGGACGUAAAAAAGGACGUAAAAGAGGACGUAAAAAUGAACGAAGCGAAGUUACUCUUCGGUGUGACCAGCUGUGGUGGGGACGUCCCAAUUGUGGAAAAGAAGCCGGAAGACGAAUCUGACAAGAAGCGUCCAAAUGACCAUGACGAACCAUCGAACAGAAGAAGCGACGCACGUACUGAGGGUGGCUGCAACUGGAAGGCGGAAAACGCGCAGAGCUAUAGUGACAGCGUGAACCCAAGUUGGGGCAUCCUUAACAGGAACCUUGGGAAGGGAACAGUUCGAAGUGGAGCAGCGCGAAAGGGAGCGGAUAAGCUCCGUCCCAGCAGUAGCCUAAUCCACAAUGUGAAAACCUUUUUCGAGUUUGUCCUAAGUGGAGAAUACAAUUCAACACUGUUUUACAACAAGAUAAUGAAGUCGAAAGGUCGGAACGAAAGGAAGUUGGAGAAGUCGUGCAUUUUUUUUAUAUUUGAGUCGUACAUGCGGUAUGUGCAGGGCGAUUGGGGCGGUUUGGGCGGUUUGGGCGAUUGGGGCGGUUUGGGAAAUUUGAACCAUUUGAACGAUUUGAACCAUUUUGCUGGUUACAACCUACUCUCCUACCUGCGCAACAUCUACAUCCUGUGUUCCGUGGUGAAUGUAGCGGAGAGAAACUCAUUCAUGUUGAAGACCCUCAAAUCGAAUAACCAAUACAUAAAGAGGUUGAAGAAUCUCAUUUUUUACAACUCAAAUGUAUACAAGCUAUUGAAUGACCAUUAUAAGGAAGAAGUGUCGAUAGUGUAUCAAAUAACCAAAUGGAAUAGCCGAACUUACCUGAACAGGUCAGAACUUCUUCUAAGUGAGCCAUGGGCCAAUAUGACACAAAGUGAUGUAGCAGAAGAUGAAUCGAAUAUAAAAAAUCGUAUCGUAAAAAUAUUAAAGAAACAUAACUCAGCUGUGUACAAAAUAAAGAAGAAAUUAAAUAAGUCAAUAAUUUUGAAAGACCUGAGGAAGCUAAACUACUACUCAGUAGGUGUCACUUCGAGGAAUACCUCUACUUGUGAACAGAGAAAGAUGAUGCAAGAAAAAAUUAGAAAAAUGAGGAAUCAAUUAUUUUUUUAUAACAAGAAGAAAAAUAUUAAAAUAAUUAAACAGUUUAUUAGUGCAUAUGAUUCGUAUGUGUAUCACAAUGUACGUCUGAUGUUGGACAUGCGGAAGGCGUACAGAAAUGUGGAGGUGGAGUGUAGCUCCUCUAGUGAGAGUGUUCUCAGAGUGGCCACUCCUGAAGUGGGAAAGAAGGAAGUCCUGAGCGGAGGGGAUAAUUGCGGGACGAGUGGAAGGGAAGGACGCACCAGAAAGGCAGUUGCAUUCCGUGACGGGGGCGAUCCACAGAGAUGGUAUCAUACUGUGCAAAGGGGAGGAGCACAAAGGGGAGGAGCACAAGAUGGGACAGAGAAGUGGCCCCACCUGGAGAGGCCAAGCGGGCUGGAUGGACGCUGUGCAGGGGAUUACUCGAAGGGAGAAGGUGCCCAUGGGCAGGGGGGAAAAAGGCCAAAGGGGGGGGCUCUUGACCUGUGUGAAGCGGCGCAUGACGACUUGUGUGAAGCGGCACAUGACGACCUGUGUGAAGCGGCGCAUGGCGACCUGUUCGAAGCGGCGCAUGAUGACCUGUUCGAAGCGGCGCAUGAUGACCCGCCUGACGACCCGCCUGAUGAUCCGCCCGAUAUCCCACCUGGUCCACCACGUGAUACCCCUCCUGACGGCCCUCCUGAUGACCCUCUCGUUAACCCCCUCGUUAACCCCCUCGCUAACCCGCGCGCGGCGAAGAGGACCGACGAGACCGCGGAGAAGAAGGAAAAAAACAAAGCGAAGAGAUUUUACAAAAAAAUUUACGAGUGCUACAAACACAUGUGUACCCUCGAGUAUAACAACAAGUACCUGUCAUGGUUGUGCAGCGGCAUGUCCUUGAUGGACGUUGUUAUUAAUUUUAUGAUAAGUGUCAGGAUCUAUGAAAAUUUCAAGAGGGAGAUGGCAAUUGGUUGCAGGGGAGGGAAGAAGAAGUUCAUCCCCAAAAUUAUAGUUUAUUUAACGCACCAGUCCUCCAUUCUGUCCUUUCAGUCGUGUGUAGGGGUUAAGAGGAGCUCCAUGAAGAUACCGCCAUUUGGUGGGUUUCUUUCGCUGGAGCUGGUGCACAUAAGAAAGAAGGGGGGGGACAGGCGCGACAGGGCGCGUGGACACGGAAAGGGGCACAAGCAUAGACAGGCGUCUUCCAAGGGGCUCAGCGAGGUGAGCACAAAGGUGCAUAAUACGGAAGUGAAUGCCAAGGGGCUCAGCGAGGUGAGUGCCAAGGCUCAUAGCGAGGUGAGUGCCAAGGUCAACGCCGCGCUACAAACGGACAGCAAAGCGAAAGGGGACCCGGCACAGCUGUGUGGUACCCACCCCCUGGGUCAACUCCCCAGAGAAGCGGCACAAGGUGAUCUCCCGCGUAGCACCGCGUUCGACGAGUCACCCGCGCGAAGACAAAGCCCACGAGUGACAAGCGAAGCGAGAAGUGCAGACCGACAUAACGUGCAAACAUUUAUUCGAGAAAAUAACACGGCGAGUAUAUUCUGUUGUAAGGAGGACUGCGUAUGGAAGGUCAAACGGGGGAAGGGCAGAAGUGGUCAGCAGGAAGCAGAUGGGUACAAAGCAGAAGGGCACCAAGCAGAUGGGCACCAAGCAGAUGGGCACCAAGCAGAUGGACAGAAGGCUGAUAAGCAGCCAGCAGACGCCGACCCCUCCGUCCGUAUCCCCACAACCCAGGGGAGGAAAAAAGGCACGUGCGAAGAUAAAUACGAGAGCUACCUACCCAAGUACUCCAACAAAAUUCAUAAUUUUAAAAAUUUAUUCAACCUCCUAUGCUACAGAGACAGCAACGUAGACAGUAACGUGGAUACUCUCAUUCAGCUGUACAAUGUGUGUCUGAGUGAUAACUGUUCGUAUGUAGGAAAUAGAGAACUGAAUGGAGGACAGGAGGGACAGUGUAGAAGGAGGAGGUACUUUUAUGGCUACUUUGUUAAGUUUACGUUUAACCAUUAUUUUCCACUUAAGCUGAAGAGGAAGAAGUGUAUAAAGAAAUGCAGGCGGGGAGGAGAAGAAACAGGACGAGCGAAUGGGGGGGCGAAUGGGACAGCAAACGGGACAGCGAACGGGGCAGCGAACGGGGAAGUGAAGAAGGGGACUCCUUCUGCCCAAGGAGAGGAGUUACAUCAAGGGAAGGAAGAACUGGAUGCAAAACUCGAAGCAGAGGAGAAGAAAAAAAAAAAAGAAUCGCUACACAAAUUGGGAAGAGAGAAAGGAUGA